AUGAAAAUUUUGACAAUUGGCGAUUCAUCUGUUGGUAAGACCUGCUUGAUUUUGCGAAGCAUUGUAUCUUUUAUAUAGGAAAAUUGCUUUACACAUGAGUUGCGAAGUACAAUAGGAGUGGAAUGUAAAAGCAAAAUAAUCGAAAGAGGCACAAAACGAAUAAGUGUACAGCUGUGAGACACAGCUGGCCAAGAACGAUACAGGCGAAUUACAGCUAAUUACUAUAGAGGUUCUCAUGGAGUUGCGAUCGUAUAUGAUGUUACAAAUAGAAAAUCUUUCGAAUUAGUCACUACUUGGAUUGACGAGGGGUGAGGAGGGUUAGGCCGACUGUUGUAGCUAUGUCUACGAUGGAGUAGUGUUAGCUAGAUCACCUCAAAAUGGUGCGACAUAGGUAUUGGAAAUUUUUUAAAAAUUUCCAAUUAAAUCACAACCUCUUUAUAGAGCCGGCCUAUCCCGAUAGGGGUGUAUCGACUCACCAAAAAAUUUUCGGGAUAGGCCGGAUGCAAAAAUUUGGUAUAGUGUUAGGCCGGGAAUUUUUUUUUUUUUUUUUGGCAAUAGAUUUAGGCCGUAUUUUUUAAAAUUUUUUUUUUAGCAAUAGACCUAGGCCGAAAAAAAAUACAGUCGUGUUAUGCCGAUUAUAUAUGUUAUUUUUCAGAUAAAUUAAUUUAAUAAAAGAUAGUAAGAAUAUUGUAAGAAUAUAUUUGAAAUAAUCCUUAAGCCUUUAAUAUAUAUGAUAAAAAAUCGUUUAAAUUUAAUGUUGCUACGCUUAAUAAUAAAAUUAUUCCAUUAGAUGAUCCAAGUCUUGAUCUCCAAAUGAUGGAAGCACCCAUCGUUUUGAGGUAUUGUCCAGAAUAUAAUUAAGUAUAUCUUUACUUAUAUAUUAAUGUGUUGAUAUUAAGGAAAGCUAUGGAAUUUGAUUAGUAUUAUGUAAAAAUUAGUGAUUGUACAGAAUAAACAUUAAAAUAAUAAUUUUCACUGCACAAAAUUGCUAUAACCUCAUCUCAUUAAACCUUAAGUAUUCUGCAAAAUCUUCAUGAAAUUUUUCCUAGUUUAUUGGGUUUCAGCCUAAAACUACUAAAAAACAAAUUUUUUUAAAAAUCCGGCCUAUCUCUAUUUUUUUUCUGUGAUCCGGCCUAAGCCGAUACUACCCGAUUCCUCCUUGUCGACAUAGGCCGGCUCUGAUAGAAAUAUAGGAAAAUUUUAAGAAUUUCCAAUACCUAUGUCGCUAAAUUUUAAAACAAAAAAAGCUAUCACUACAAAAAAAAAGACAUAACUUUUUAAGUCGGCCUAACCCUAACAUAAAGAUCGAGAUAGGCCGACCUACGAAAUUAUGCAUAUUUUUUUUGUAGUGAUAGCUUCUUUUUAUUAAAAUUUAGCGACAUAGGUAUUGGAAAUUCUUAAAAUUUUCCUAUAUUUCUAUCAGAGCCGGCCUAUGUCGACAUGGAAGAAUCGGGUAGUAUCGGCUUAGGCCGGAUCACAGAAAAAAAAUAGAGAUAGGCCUGAUGCAAAAAUUUGGUAUAGUGUUAGGCCGAAAAAAUUUUUUUUUUUUUUUUGUUGCAAUAGAUUUAGGCCGAAAAAAAAAAAAAUUUUUUUUGUUUUAGCGAGUUAGGCGAAAAAUUAAUAAGAAAAAUAUAUAUAAAAUCGGUCUAACCCUAUUAAAUUUUUUUUUUUCUUCUUUUUUCGGCCUAAGCCUAUUGCGAAAAAAAAAAAAAAAUUCCCGGCCUAACACUAUACCAAAUUUUUGCAUCCGGCCUAUCUCUAUAUUUUUUGGGUGAUCCGGCCUAAGCCGAUACCCCCCUGCUCCUCCCUGUAGACAUAGGCCGGCUCUGAUAAAAAUCUUGGAAAUUUUUGAAAAUUUCCAAUACCUAUGUCGCGCCAUUUUGAGGUGAUCUAGCUAGCACUACCCCAUCGUAGACAUAGCUACAACAGUCGGCCUAACCCUCCUCACCCAUUGACGAGCUUAAAAAGCAGGCUUCACAAAAUACAAUAAAUAUUCUAGUUGCCAAUAAAACCGAUAUGCUAAAUUUAAGAGUUGUACAAGAAGAUGAAGGUAGGGAGCUUGCAAAACAGUGAAACUUGGAUUAUUUCGAAACAUCAGCCAAGACUGGGGCUGGAGUAAACGAAGCUUUUAACUACUUAAUUGACAAAAUCUAUGCAAGUAUGGAGGUAAGUCCUCAAUUUUUGAAAAAAACUAAAGAGAGCUUCUUAUUGGCUAGUCAGAAAGGAAGCUUUGAAUCCAAAAAAAGGUAAGAUCUAUAAAGAUGUUGCUAA